UACGCAUGUGGGCCUUAUUUUUCUGCUUAUGAGAGUAUUUUUUCUACUUGUUUGUUGCGGUUUUUACCGAUGUUUCAGCACUGUUAUAACCUAGAUUUCGCUGUAUAACAAGAGCGUUAAAGAGAUUAGAUUCAGACAAGUUUCAUUGUACAUCUUACCCCAAAGCCCCCAGUGUCUAUUAUCUUGCGAUGAGUUGCCCGAGAACAGUAGUUUCAUUGUACACUUAACUUUCAGCUCGCGACCGCAACUGGCAUUAUUUGUACUGUUGACGCAGGAACACCGCGCUUUCUUCGAACUGAGCUUAGUUUUGGGUCUUGCUGGAAUAAACAGUGAAUCGAAAAACAUCCUCUGCUUUCGCUCAACCGUGACCAAGCUGUGGUAAAAACAAACUCAUCAUCGCAGUUAGUUUAUGAAAAGGUGUUGAAACCAUGAAUUGUGUUUAAGAGCGCGCACUCACUCCGACAAUUGGGAGUAUCAUGUCGAUCACAGGUCGAUUUUACAUUUUUUAAACUAGUGCUUUCUCCCUGACAUCCGUAAGGGGUCAAUCAAAGGGAGACAGAUUACACUGACUCUAGUGCGUGAACAAUGUACUGCUUUGUUUUGAAGGAUUCCAUGUCUGGUUUGUGAAACCAAACCAGCUUUUGAACAGAAACCCAAAUUGAACGCAUUCGGUCUCGCUUUAAAAUUUAAUUGCGCUUGUGCCAUGUGGCGGAUGGCGGUUCGUAGCUGGUUAAAUAUUAAAACUAUUGAAUAUUCCAAGAACAGAGGGAAACUGAACUUGUACAGUGAUGUUUCGGUCAAAAUUAAUUAGGCAGCACAAAGUGCUUUGAUAGUGGGUGCAAAUCGUCUCUCGAAGGAAGCGAGCGCUACAUGUGUGUGUGCGCCUGUAAUUACGGGGAUAAUAAUUACUGCUACUUCUACCACACUUAACUCAAUCUUAUAUUACUUCAAGACUCGCUGUUGUAAUUAAGCUGAUAAGCGUCUGAUAGUGUCUUAACAAACUGCGUCAGAGCAGAGCUUUAGUGAAUACCGACCAAGAAGUUACGACGAACCCUGAAGGCAAGGUCACGGAUUAAAUUACAAGCAUCGACACCGAAAACUAUUGUCCAUCGUACGGAAACUGCAAACUUAUAUUCCUAUCACGUACACGAUGAAUCUUUGUUUACUUUUCAUCGUGGGCGGUUUGUUCGUGAAUCAAGUGGAUGCACUUUCUUGUACAGCGUGUGACCCGUCGAGAUGCGAAUUGACAGACCAGUCUACAUGUCCUGGGGGAACAGUCCGAGACCCAUGCCACUGCUGUUUGGAAUGUGCGAAACAGGAAGGGCAAACUUGUGGAGGAAUGUUUGGUAUCAAAGGCCAAUGUGAUGAGCAUCUCUCCUGUAUUAUUCAACCCAACAACGGAGACCCUCUAGAUGGGAACUUAGGUGGAGUCUGCAAAGUGACAAGAACCCUUACUGCGUCCGACCAAUGCCACAAGCGCUCAUUCGAAGGAUGCAAUCUGAUUGGUCAAAAGUGCAUUUGUCGACGACAGCUCGCCUGCAGUAACCCGUUCCGCUUCAGCGGCCUUCAAAAAUGCCGCCAACACAUCGCAGCCAUGAACCGUUUGAAAACCAAUUGUGCUGAUGUGAAAUGUGUCAUCAAGCCAUCACCACGAUGCCCGGAAGAUUCAGAGAUUAUCGAAGGUUUUGUUCCAACGGGUGAGUGUUGCCCCACGCCCAGUCAAUGCCAAUGUCGACCAGAAAACUGCGCCUAUCUACUGUGUUCCAGCAAUGAGGAAAUGGUGCGGGUACGGGCUGGUUCUAAUACACCUGGUUCUUGUUGCGAUGUAUUUCAAUGUCGACCAAGAGAAACUCCAGUUAGCCAGCAAUGUGAAAAUGUACGAUGUGCAAGUUAUCCUUUAUCAUCGAUCGAAUGCCCAAGCGACAGUACAGCCGUUCGUGAUCCGAACCCAUCAAGCGAAUGUUGUCCUGGGGAACCAAUAUGUCAAUGCAAGCCUUGCACGCAACCAACCUGCAGUGGCAGGAGACAACCAAAAGUAACGUUCAGAGCAGAUGGAAAACCCGGGUCAUGCUGCGACGAAUACUCCUGCAAAAGUGUUGCCGAACCCGUAAUGGCUGGAUGUAGCGUGAACGGGACCCGCCAUCUUCACGGUACAACAUAUGAGAGGGAGGAAUGUCGAGUGUGUGAGUGCAGGAACGGAGUCAGUUAUUGUGAGCGAAAAAAAUGUCCGACAAGAUCAUGCACAAGGUUGAUUAUGAGACAGGGGGCAUGUUGCCCAGAGUGCGAUAACGAAGUUGCAGAACCAAGGAGUGCAGCAGUUCAACCAUCUCCUUCGAUCCCGGCAGUCGCCAUGUGCAUGAGCAAAGACGGCCUGUCGGUUUAUUCUGUUGGCGAGACAUGGUCGCCGGAGCCUUGCACCAAAUGCAGAUGUGGUGAACGCGGCGAACGCAUCUGCGAGUCUGCGUUUUGCUACGAACCAUCGACCGUAACAAUGAUAGUUCCAACAUGUCCGAGUAUGUCUCGGUGCCGACUCGCAACAUCUGAUUGUCCCAACGGUUUCAUGAAAGAUCGAAACAACUGCCGCCUCUGCAAGUGCAAAGCUGACGAAGUGAAGGUUCGUAGCUGCCCGAGCAUUGACAAGUGCCAGCUGAAGUGCACUCGUGGAUUCGUGACGGAUAAAUCUGGAUGUCAGACCUGCGCUUGUCUGCCACACACACACAAGUGCAAAGAGCUCACGGGUUGCAUCAAGCAAUGCCCAUACGGCUACAGGCUAAACAAGAAAGGUUGCGAUCGUUGUAAAUGCCGUAGAUGCCCCUCCAUGGAUUCGUGUGAUAAGGAAUGCACGUUUGGUUUAUCUUUAAACGACUACGGGUGUAACAUCUGCAAAUGUAAAGGUUCGGCUGAAGAGCUUCCGGCCCCUGAAAAACCGAACACUCACUCAUGCUUAGAUGAGAAGAUCGACCGCCGAAGAGAUGACGGUGAAACAUGGAGUAGCGACUGUUUCAUCUGUGUGUGUCGUGGUGGUGACGUCAUGUGUGACGUCAUCAAGUGUCCGGUCCCAUCCUGCAACAAUCCGAUGAUACGAGAAGGAGACUGCUGCCCAAGUUGCAACGAACGUAACUCGACCUCGUCUGCCCCUGUCCCGCAAUCCCUCUCGUGCCAGGAACCAGGCGGGAACUGGUAUGUUGAAGGGGAAACAUGGAAAGUGACCUCAUGUACUACGUGUGUGUGCCACAGAGGGCUUAUUAUGUGCACGUCAAGGAAAUGUCCGGCUACCAAGUGCAUGCAGCCAAUUCUGCAUCCUGGUGAAUGUUGCCCAAAAUGCCCAGAAUUUGCUGGCAAUUUGAACAUCGCUUCGCUGGGUCCUUCGUGUAAGUCAAGCAAAGGCGAAGUCCAUAAGAGUGGCAGUUCGUGGAAAACCGGUCCUUGUACGAGUCACGCUUGCUUGGGUGGAACUAUACAGAGCUUCAGCGAACAGUGCCCUAAGAUCCAAGAUUGUGUUUCCCCGGUUCGCCUCCGCGGUCAAUGUUGUCCAACUUGCCUCGGCACUACUACAGUACAGCAAAAAUCGUGCCAAGCGAACGACACGACAUACCGACACGGUGAACUAUGGAACGACAGCCAUGCGCCUUGCGUCAAAUGCCGUUGUACGGACGGUGAGAUAGAAUGCUUUCGACCGAUGUGUGAUCCAGUGCCCGCCAGUUGCCCACGAGUUUUUCGACGGGAUGGUGCAUGUUGCGACGAAUGCGAACUACCAGAGUCGGGACCUCCAUACCCAACCCCCAGUGAGAGCACCACUGUAACAACAGUAACAAGUCCUAAGACAGGCGGUGUGAAUUGGUUGACCAUCGUACUUGCCAUCAGCGCUAUCUGUAUUGUGGCUAUUUGUGUGCUCGUUGUCGUUAUAAGCAUGAAGAAACGUUGCUCCACUCGCCAUUUGCAUAAAACCAAGUACACUGGUGCAACAUCGAAAACGACAUCAACCGAUCGCUCCUUGUCCACAGCAUCCGCUCGCAACAUCAUGGACUCCACGUCCUCCGAAUCCGACCGGAAGCGCUCCAAACUGCUCCGAUGUGUCUGAGCAGCAUCCAGCCAAGCGGAACGAUUCGCGGUAACUGCCGGAAUAUGACGUCACGCGGGCCGUCUGUGACGUAACACUGGGGUAUCGGGGCGCAACAUCGGCGUGAGCUUGUCAUUUUUCUUUUUCGUUUUUAUUUUGCAGCAUGCGUUAGUUUUUGAUUUCACUUACACAUAACUUCUGCACGAUCGUCUAUGACGAGAAACCAUGUAUUUAUUUUCUAAUUAUGUCCGCCCGUUCAUGUUGUUACCGCGCGCGGGUAGCUUUAAAUAAGCAGCUGGCUUUCUGCAUUUUUAUAAAGAAUGUUGUGUUUUUCCUUCCAUGUUAAAAGUGCCCACCCCCACAAAAAAUGCAUUCGGUAAAAUCUAAAACGAAAACGAAAAUUGUAUGUACUGCUUGCUUUUCUCGUGGCGGUCUAUUUUCUAUUUUAUACAUUGUACUUCAAAUGGGACAAACAUUGUUGUGUUUUGAUAUAAUCUCUCCAGACUCUUUCUUUACUCCCACCCAACGCACAUUUUCCAUGUGGCUUACGUAAUACGCCACUAGCUGGGCUUACAAGGCCUAAUUUGAAUUUUAGGACCUGUGCGUCUGACAAAUGUAAUUUUUGACCUAAAAUUGCCGAAAUUACAUUUACAUUGUAGAUGUAGAGUAUCGUCUUAGUUUGUACAUUUUUCCAAAUUCGAAACCUAAAGGUCAUAUAUAAAUCUUUUUCCUACCAUGUACAACGUACGGUCGCACGCAUAAAGAUGAAAUUCGAACUCCCCGAAAGAUGUAGCGAAUUUGAAUCAUAGGUUAAGAAUCACUGUGAGUGGCGAAACUCUCGUCGUGGUCGUGUUGGUAUGUUUCGUAAAUUGUAUUUCUAUAUUUUUCCUGUUUGUUUUCACAUCUGGUCGACCUUCACAUACAUUUGACACUCGAAAGUAACUGUGUGCCUUCAACAGUACACCUUCGUGAUAUUGUCUGUAGUUUUGUAUUGUUUCUAUAGAUUAAAACCUAAGUAACCUUUAACUACUACCUGACCAAAACACCACGAAACAAAAAUUGUGUUUUUCUAUUAUUUGAACAGCUAGUUAAUAUUGAAGCUUUUCCUGGUCGUGUCUCUUGCACUUUUCUUCCAUGCCUGCUUCGUUAAUGAUGUAUUGCGCAACUGGCCGCACCGCUUAUAUGUCGGGCACUUUUAUGUGUGUAACUGGAUACUGAAGACGAUUGUGCAAGCGCAGUUUCACUAUAAUAGAUGUGUUAGUAUAAUAAACGCGCUGUGCUGUUUUGUAGU